UGCAACACCUCUGGAGGCGAUGCGGAAGACGCGGUGCGGCAGGCGUUAAGAAAGCACGGCAGUAAAGCGAUAGGAGGAGAGGAGCAGACACACUACUACAACACCUCCUGAUUGACAGAGAGAAGGAAAGAGAGAGAGAGCAGAAAGAAGCCAUGGUGGAGAAGCUAAAGGGGAGGAGGAGGUGAGACAACCGACAAGCACGGGAAUUAGGUGAUCGCCCAGUUCAGUUUCAGCACCGCCGAAGGAGAGCCCCAUCCUCCACUCGCUGUUUGGGGAAAAAAUCCGACUUCUCGGCUGUGAUUGUGAUCCGCGUCCAGAUGUUUGUGACACCUCUUAAUAACAAAGCAAGCAGAAUUCCAGCCAUGGUAAAGCUCAUCCUCUCCCUCCUGCUCUUGUGUGGAAGCCAAAAUAGUAUCUGCCAGUCUUCUUCAGAAGCUCAGAAGGAGACGGGCACCAACGACAACAGCACUGUCUUCACUCGCAUCCUGGACGGGCUCCUGGAUGGUUACGACAACAGGCUCCGGCCAGGGCUCGGAGAGAACGUCACGGAGAUCAAGACGAACAUUUUUGUCACCAGCUUCGGCCCCGUGUCUGACACAGAGAUGGAAUACACUAUAGACGUGUUCUUCCGUCAGAGCUGGAAAGACGAGCGUCUGUGCUUCAAAGGGCCCAUGGAGAUGCUGCCAUUAAACAACCUGCUUGCCAGCAACAUCUGGACCCCUGACACUUUCUUCCUUAAUGGCAAGAAGUCUAUCGCUCAUAACAUGACCACUCCCAACAAGCUGCUGAGGCUGCAGGAUGAUGGCACUUUGCUUUACACCAUGAGGUUGACCAUCUCUGCAGAGUGCCCCAUGCAGCUGGAGGACUUCCCCAUGGACGCUCACGCCUGCCCUCUCAAGUUUGGCAGCUAUGCCUAUCCAGUAUCAGAGGUGGUCUAUACUUGGACACAGGGAGCUGCCAAGUCUGUCGUGGUGGCAGAAGAUGGCUCCAGGCUCAACCAGUACCACCUUAUUGGGCAAAGCGCUGGCACCGAGGACAUACACACAAGCAGAGGACAGUACACAGUGAUGAUGGCCCACUUCUACCUAAAGAGGAAGAUUGGAUACUUCGUCAUCCAGACAUACAUGCCGUGUUUCAUGACUGUGAUCCUGUCUCAGGUCUCAUUUUGGCUAAACAGAGAGUCAGUUCCUGCACGGACUGUCUUUGGGGUGACCACGGUGCUGACUAUGACCACCCUCAGCAUCAGUGCCAGGAACUCGCUCCCCAAAGUGGCCUAUGCGACAGCCAUGGACUGGUUUAUCGCCGUCUGCUACGCUUUUGUCUUCUCUGCCCUUAUCGAGUUUGCCACGGUGAACUACUUCACCAAGAGGAGCUGGGCCUGGGAUGGCAAGAAGGCGCUGGAAGCACAGCAUCCCAAGAAACGAGACCCCAUGGUGCUGUCGAAAAAGCCCAACAAUGUUUGCUCGGCAGGCGUCAGCUACACUCCCAACCUCACCAAGGACGUGACCAUUUCCACCAUCUCCAACACCACGUCGGUGCAGCUGCGAGCCUCUGAGAGCAAAAUGGUGGACCCCAAGAAGACCUACAACAGUGUCAGCAAGAUCGACAAGAUGUCACGAAUAGUGUUCCCCGUCCUCUUCGGAACCUUCAACCUCGUCUACUGGGCUACAUACCUGAACAGAGAACAAAAAAUGGUGAAAGGAGCUCAUGCUUCAACAUAAUCCCUCCACUCCCCUCCCCUCCCGGUUUUAUUUUGUUGCUACUUUUUUUUCAAGGUUUAUUUAUUUAUUUAUUUUUUUCUGUGACAGUUUUUGAAAGAGAUUAAGGCUGCUUGAGCCUAAUUGGAGAGUGAGUGGACUAAAAGAACGAGGGGUUGUUGUAAGCUUUAGAAAAGUAAUGUAAAAACAAAUAUCUGCUCUUGAAGAACAAAAACUAUACUCAGCUAUCUAAUUCAAGCACUUUGAAUGGAUGCAAGGCUGCAACAGAAUCCCUUUCCUGUUUUUAAAUGUCUAAAAAAACAAAACAAAAACAAAGAAAAAACAACUGCUUGAUGAUGAAGAAGCUGCUUCAGAGACUAACAGGGAAGUGUGCGCUUUGCUUUCUUACUCAUCUAACUUGAUGCAGUUUGCAUGACAUUCUCUUUAAUGGGAAACCCUAGACUCCUCUUUGUCUUGAAUACCGACCACGUGUAUGUCAAUCAUUGCUUAUAGUAAUGGUGCACACUCCAUUUGCAUCUGAAUUUAAAAAAAUGGAUUUGAAGAGGUAUCAAAUCCCACAUGACAUGGAGGAAAAGUGUUGAGAUUAAUGCUGCAAGUAUUUUAAUAAUUUAGUGUAAUGUCUCUUU